CGUGAUAUAAAUUUAAUAGAUGGUGCUGUGACAGUUAUUAUAUUGGUUCCCAAGACUUGUAGGAAAGAAUGCUAAUGGGAAGAGUAAAGCCUAAGAUGAUUGCUUUACAAUAGACUUGUUAAUUUGUAAUAUUCAAUGAACAAGAAGCCGAAUAUUUGGUGUUCAUUUGGAUUCGACUCGAAAGUAUAUAUUAGCAUUUAAUAACAAUACACUAAAUUCACAUAAUUUUGUACUCAUUUUGCAAUACAAUGUCAAACUGAGCGUGAGAUUGUUAACUUGUGCUCAGUUUUAUGUUUAAUUUGAGAGCCUUAUACCUGAGUUCUCUUAAUAUGUCUCUGUUUGGUUGCCUGUCUAUUAAUCUGUCUGUUAAUAGUGUUUCACUGUUUUAUUGAGACAUGAAUAUUAAAGACACACUGAGUAACUGACUUUGGACAUUUUUUAUUCAUUUCAACACAGUGCAGAUUAGACCAGUCUAAUGAAGUCCUGGAUUUAUGUCAUUACAAUAUAAUUGCUGGAAGUUCCAUUGCCAGUAUUAUCUCAAUGACGGGAGAAAACCGCUCUAUAUAAAAUCUUUGAACUCUCUUGGAAGUUACGAAUAUAUGAAUAUUGUUUUUAAUACAAAUAAAUCAAUUUGUCUACCGAAAGAGCUUCUUAUUAGUAGCAUAAAGAAAAGCAUCCAAGUUACCUUCAAAACCUGUUUUUUAUGGUUUACGUGUAACUGAUUUUCCAAAAAUAUUAGUCUUCACCGGAUUUUUAAAAAAAUUAAAGGUUGCGUUUUUAUGAAAGAUAUUCGACGAAAAGAGUGUGAUCGGAUCAAUUGUUAGAUGACAUAUGAUCGAGGACCACAAGCAUCACAACUAUAUCCAAUGAGAAGUUCUUCGGAGCGUGAUAAUGUUUACUGGUACAAACCCGGGUCUCUUGGACGAUCAUCUCAGGGGAGUAGCUCAAGCACUAUUGGUCAGUCGAUUGUAAUACCAGUUGUUCAUUUAGGUGCCUCUAGAGGAUCCAUUGCAUCAAGUUCAUACACAAUGGCUUCUCAUUCUUCUGAAAAUCUAGAUAACACACCAAAUGCUCUGCAAACUGAUAAUAGCGAAAGUACUAAAUCUACAUUUAGAACUUCAUCAGUCCUUACUACUGGUAAUCGGCCAAUAAAUCGACCUGCACCACCACUUUCAGAUCCUGAAGCUGAAGUCGAUGCUUUAACAAAUCUCUUAAUGCAAAGCAUGGAGACUCGGUCGUCUGUAUCUUCAGUUGGAGCUGGUGGGACAUUAACUUCUGGGCAAGACGCAGUCAAUUCUUCUCCAGGUUAGUUUUUUCAGUAUAUGUACAAUCUGUCUAUUCCUUCCAUCAACUCUCAAUCCAAUAUAACUGCUUAGAUGUAUAUGGCAAUUGAAAGACUCUAUAUCAACGUUAGGUAAUACAAUAUUUGAAGAUAAUCAUUUCAUAACAAUUAUGGAGUUGCGAUUCACUUGUUUAGGUACUUUUCUGAUUAGCCACAAAGCCACGGUUUAAACUUUUGUUUUUUAUACUCAAGUAUAUGAAAACAAAUAGUGUCACUUGGCCUCAAUACUGUAGUAGGGACUCGAAGUCUGUUCUAUGGAUGUAUAUGCACGCGGUGUUAAUUCACUAGCUAAGUUGAUGUGAAAAUAGUUUAGAGUUUUUUUACUUGUUCGUUUCGAUUAAAUUGAUAAAUUCAUCCUCAUUGAAUCGCUAUUGAAAAUCUGAGUGCAAAUCUUCUUGGCAAGGAAAGACUAUGAAUGGUUGGAAGGAAGCUCAUAUGGUUGGUCGUACAGAUAUAUCUGUCAGUAUAAUACAUGGUCAGAUCUCAGUCAGUCAGACCCAGCGUAGAACGUGGUGCAUAUGUAUAUCGGUUCAAGUUGUCGUAUCCCAUUAGCACAGUGAUAUGAAAUCGAACGGGCGAAUCCCAGUAUAGAAGAGGUAGUACCAGUAUUAAUAGUAAUAAAAAAAAAUAAGCCAUCCAACAUACAGUUCGAGAUAAUAUACAUUGGUGAAAUAAUAAAACUUAUGAAAAACUCAGAUAUUUGGGAUCUAAUAUAAGACAAGGAGUGGGUGUACCUGCGCUAUUGCGAACGACUUGGCGCCAUUAUUUUCAAAGUUUCCAACCAUUGAGUACGACAGUUGCUCGAACCCUCAAACAGGUAAUCCACACCUACCUAUGUGGUCCGAAACAACAAAGACUGUCUUCAUAAGCUGAACAGUUCAGUUUAAUCACAUGUUUACUUAUUAACUACCUAAAUACGGUCAACUCGUAAUUUAGAGAAAUUUUUUAUUUGGAAUACAACCUUAAUAGUUUAUAAUAAAUAAGUUUACCUACGCCUGAUAUGCCUUAAAUUGCAAGAAAUUCUUACUGUUGUCCUUUUGUCAUCAUGUACCUCCAAUUGCUAACAGAAAUAAACACCAUAACCACAAGCCGUAUAGCACUCAGUGUAAUUUUUAGUGGUUUAUUUUGUACUUAGAACAUCAUAUAUAAUGAAACAAUUCUAAAUUUAUCUCGACCGUUGUUGUUACCUUGACGUGGUGGUUGGGCUUGUCUAUCUUGAUGAAGCAACCGAGCUACACUGGCUGGAACAACCGUUCCUCAAGGUCCUACCAUGUCAGACAGGUCAGUUAAAGAGCAGUUAAUACUAAAAGCAACAAACCUAAGGUACGAAGGCGAAGUCGUACUGCUGACUGUACAGAGGUGUGACAGCAGUAAGGUGUUUCCUUCAGACAACCAGCAUGACAGCGAUGCUGCCUUCCCACAAGGAGGGGUGGAGUUAGAAAAGGUCGACCCUAAAAAUGCACACCUCGCCUUAUCCCACGGAUAUCCGUCUCCGGCGGUAAGGUCUCAACAAGUACGGAGCUAACACAAAAAUUACCCAUAAAAAGGUAGUGUGUGACCGACCUCAAGUAGUUGUCCCUUGGGCACUGCGGUCACGCUCCCAGGUCACUGAGACCACCUCUAAUCCAAUUUCCUCUUCAGAUAUAUCCAGAACAACCCUUCCACGGUGUGGGCAACCGGGAAGUGAUAACCGCCCUCAUACCUCUAACAGCACUCAAGACCACUGUAUUCAUAAUCAACCUUCCUCUUCAAUUCCUAUUAUUCCUCCUACAUCGACUUUCACCUCUAAACUUCCUCUUUCGGCUUCCUCCUCAAGUGUCACCAUAGCCAACGAUUCUA